AUGGCCGGACAUCCCAACCUCUACAGUUUCCCCACCUCCGACGCACUAGCUGCACAAUUGCGAGGUUACGUCCUCCGUUGCCAGAACUCCGCUCUUUCCCGACACGGCACCUUCCGUCUCGCUGUCUCCGGUGGCUCUCUGCCAACCGUUCUCGCCAAAGCCCUCCUCGCCCCCAGCAAUGGCUCUCCCGAAGACACCCCUCAAUUCUCCAAGUGGCACAUCUUCUUCGCCGAUGAGCGCGCCGUACCGCUCGAUCACGAAGACAGCAAUUACCGCUUGCUGAAUGACGAACUCGUCAGCAAGAUCCCCGCCGAUCUCGGCUCGCCUGUCGUCCACCCAAUCGAUGAGAAACACGUCGGGGAUGACGACCCCCAGGAACUCGCAGAUCUCUACCGAGAGGAUCUGAUGCGCGAGUUCGCAGCCAAGGAUAGCGUCAAAUUACCCAUCUUCGAUCUUAUCCUCCUGGGCUGUGGUCCCGAUGGUCACACCUGCUCCCUCUUCCCCGGUCAUGCUUUGCUUCGUGAGAAGGAUGCUUGGGUUGCGGCUGAGACAAACUCCCCCAAACCCCCGCCGAAGCGCAUUACCCUUACCCUGCCGGUUGUUACCCACGCUGUCAGCAUCGCCUUUGUUGCGACCGGUGCGGGCAAGAAGGAAAUUAUGAAGCAGAUCUUUGAUCUUGAGGAGGGCUCUAGUCUUCCUUCGGCUCUCGUUAACCAGGGUGCUGGUGAGAAGGUUAGCUGGUUCACAGAUCACCCGGCAGUGGAUGGUGUUGCAUUCCCUCGUCGUGGGAGUCUCUGA